UGGCUACCAUGUACCUCGUGAUGCUAAAAUAGCUGCCAUAGGUACCUCGUUUUGAUGUACCUCCAUUGUGAGUCGCACUGACGUUGUUGCUCCCCACACCCGACGACGACCUGCCUGUAUAUCCGUCUCGCUCUCUCUCUGUGUUAUAAAUACCCAUUCCUCUUGAGGGCCUUUUGGAAAAUGGUCCAAGUUUUACAACCUGACACAAUAUCCAUCCUCUAGCAGAUCUAAUCCAGGCAUCCGAGCUCAUCCUUCGCGUCUACAGCUACUCCGCAUUCUCCAAUUCCGACUCUCCUACCACCAUUCCACCCUUGCGUCUCCGCUGAACCGAGGUUAACCGCCUAUUAAACCGCACCCUUUUAUCUCAACUGCUCCCGCAGAUUCAUUUUCAUCAUUCGAUCCGUAUCAGUUACUAUCACAACAUCCGAGAUCACAAUGGCGGCUGCGAUCAAUCCCCCCGCCGUGGGACAGGAGAACAUUAACACCGACAUUAUCACUUUGACGAGAUUCUUGACUGAAGAGCAGACCAAGCACCCCGAAGCCACUGGUGAUUUCACGUUGCUGUGCCACUCUCUGCAGUUUGCUUUCAAGUCGAUUGCUUACUAUAUCCGUCGUGCGACCCUGAUCAACCUCACAGGCCUAGCCGGGUCUUCGAACACGACCGGAGACGACCAGAAGAAACUAGACGUGAUCGGAAAUGAUGUGUUCAUUUCAGCCAUGAAAGGAUCUGGCAGAGUCCGUCUUCUGGUAUCCGAAGAAGAGGACCAAGCUAUUAUUUUCGACGAACACCCAAAUGCACGAUACGCAGUUGUAUGCGAUCCCAUUGAUGGCUCGUCUAACUUGGACGCUGGUGUUUCUGUCGGCACGAUUUUCGGUAUCUUUCAACUACCCGACGAAGUCCUGGGUCCAAACAAAACCGUCUCGGCUAAGGAUAUCUUACGCUCCGGUACCGAGCUCGUUGCUUCUGGCUUUACUAUGUAUGGUGCCUCUGCUCAGCUUGUCAUCACUAUGCGUGGAGGAUCUGUCAACGGCUUCACCAUGGAAAACUCUCUCGGUGAAUUUAUCUUGACCCACCCUAAUAUGCAGCUCCCGCCGAAACGUGCCAUCUACUCGGUCAACGAGGGUAACAGCGUCUACUGGGAUGACUGGGUCAAUGACUACUUUCACUCUCUGAAAUUCCCAGAGGAGGGUGGUAAACCGUACAGUGCUCGUUACAUUGGUAGCAUGGUUGCUGAUGCUUAUCGCACUCUUCUCUAUGGAGGUAUCUUCGCAUAUCCGGCGGACAAGAAGAGCCCCAAGGGAAAGCUACGUAUCCUCUACGAGUGCGCACCCAUGGCUAUGAUCUUUGAAAAUGCAGGUGGCUUGGCUGUCAACUCCCGCGCUGAGCGACUUUUGUCUGUUGUUCCUGAACAUAUUCACGACCGCAGCGGCGUGUUCCUUGGCUCCAAAGACGAGGUACAAAAGGCUAUCGACGUGUACAACAAACAUCACUCGAAAUAA